AUGGAAGGGGAGACCCUGAGACUCCAUCUCAAAAAAAAAAAAAAGUGGGGGAAAGCCUCUCUUCCUCGGCACUGCCUAUGGAGGUGGCAGUCGUCUCCUCCUUGGCAUCAUGGCUGCCUCAGACCCCUCAUGAAGCCCAAGAUCGUCAAAAAGAGAACGAAGCAGUUCAUCCGGCACCAGUCAGAACAAUAUGUCAAAAUUAAGCGUAACUGGCGGACACCCAGAGGUACUGACAACAGGGUUCGCAGAAGGUGCAAGGGCCAGAUCCUGAUGCCCAACACUGGUUAUGGGAGCAACAAAAACCAAGAGUACAUGCUGCCCUGUGGCUUCCGGAAGUUCCUGGUCCCCAGCGUCAAGGAGCUGGAAGUUCUGCUGGUGUGCAACAAACCUCCCUGUGCUAAGAUCGCUCACAGUACUUCCUCCAAGAACCGCAAAGCCAUCAAAACCAUCACGGAAAGGGCCGCCCAGCUGGCCAUCAGAGUCACCCACCCCAAUGUCAGGCUGCGCAGUGAAGAAAUGAGAAUGGUGACCCGGGGCCAUGAGUCCUCAGCCAAGGACAUGAGGAAAAGUCACUGUGGCUGGGUCAAGAAUGUUACUUCUGGCAGCUUUGGGAUCCGAGCCAGCCUGGAAGAGCUGUCUCUGCCCACUGCGUUCCCCGUCAGAAAAUGUCUCGCGGAUGCUUGGAAUCUCUCCUUUGGACAAAGCUUCCCCACCUUUUUCUCAGCAAAGGGGCAGACACGCAGGAAGGACACCUUCGGGGCUUGA